AUGCCGGCUCGCAUUGCGUCUACUGAUGGCGCUGCCGUCGCGGCGGAUCGUCUGAUCUUGCAACUAUCCAGAGGACUGUCGGCACCGUCUGCAGCCGCAGACACUGCCGAUAGCCUCUCUUCUGCACUCCAGAGUCUGCAGCGCCACGCCCGCUCGUUUGGCUUCUCGUCUCAGCAAUGCGACCAGCUCGUUCGCCUCGCCCUUAUCGGUCGACUUCGUCUCAGCACCGCAGGGAGCAGUGCCAAGCACAAAGCGCCCAAGACGUCAGUGUCUCUCGCCAUCCUCAGGAGUGUCAUCCCCAGGCCGCGCGCGAAGCUCGGACGACAGGCGGUCUUGGACAUUGUCGCCGCGCUGGGCCCUUCGCCGGGAACGGACAUGAUCAAGCUCUCGGGAUUGCAGAAGGACGACACCGAGUCGAGUCUCGGGCCGGAGAGAGUCAAGGUGGACAGCAAGGUGCAGGUUGCCGCACUGAAGCUCCUGUGCGUCGCGCUCGACUCGCCCUCGGUGCCCUUGUCGGUAGCAGCAAGCUUCUACACAGACAGCAACAGCGAUUCGGCACCGACAUCGCGCCGCGAGAGAGACCAGGACGGGCGCGAGCUCGAACGUCUGCAACGCCAUGCGGCACAGUACUCGGGCCUGUCGGGCAACCUGCCCAGCACCUAUCUCACCGCGCUCGCACGAACGACGCUCGAAAAGUGCUACGCGACGCUCUUCCACUUCAUCGAGUAUCAAGCGCUGCGCCCGCAUCUUUGCUAUCUGCUUUGCCGCAUCACAAAGCGCAAGCACGUGCGACACUACAGAAUCACCAAGCUCAUGGCCCUGCGCGCCAAUGCGGCGCCCGAGCUCGGCAUCUCGGCGCUCCUGUCUACGUACGCCAACUUUUAUCCGGACCUGCUCUUCCCAGAGCUCCUCGGAGGCGGCGGGGCAAGCUCUGCGGCUGGGGCUGGCCCGGUCGGGCUCAAGUAUCCCGAACCUGACUGGAUUGCUGCCGUCCUGCUGGCACACGCCCGGUGUGCGCGCAGGAGCGCAGGGGAGGCGGUCGAGUCCGACGACGAGGCCGAGAACGACUCAGAGUCGGCACCAGGCGGAACGCAACGAGCCGCCAAGAAGCAGCGUCUCUCGGCCAAGAAUGUCAAGGAUGGCGGAGCAGAUGAAAACGCUGCGUCGGUCCUGGGUGUCGUAUCUGCUUCGAUCCCGAUUCCCAAUCUGGUAACGAUCCAGCCGCUCAAUUCCGCGCAAAAGGCAUUUGGAACGCAGCCCUCGCUGGUCACGGAGCUCUCGUCGCUGCGCCACCUUGCCCAUAGCUUGGACCGUCUGGUGCUGCCCUCGCAGGCAGCGGCGAUGCUCGGCACUGCCUUUGGCGCUCGCAUGAUGCGCGUAGCCGUGCUUGCUGGCGCCACCAUUACAAACGAGGAGUCGCUCAGCCAGGCUGCGCCCGCAGGACGCCGCGGCCAGCAGACGGAGCACGAUGCCUGCUGGAUGCGUCUGUCAGACUGGCUCGAGAGCGUGCUCGGCGACGAGAUCGGCGUGCAGAGCAGCGCGGCGUCGGCUUCGCAGCGCCAGCAACUCAAAUUGCCGUCGACGGAUGCCGAGUUCAAGCGGCUGGCUUCGCUGCUGCGUCGCGCGCGGCUCAUGUUUGAGCUCGCCGAGCAGAUGCCUGCCAAGCUCGAGGGGCUCAUGUCCAGCGUGCUCUUGGCGAUUGCCCGUGUCGCCGAGCCCGGAAGAGAUGAUGGCGAUGCGUGGACAGAACGGUGGGACGAGCUGACGCGAGAGGUGCUUGCGUUUGUGCCGCUCGUAAUGCCUUCGGACCUGUCCUCGUUUGAGGAUCGCUUCAUGACGCCGCUCGAAGCGCUGGCGCGGUCGACGCGCGUCUCGCUCGACACUUCGGCCGCGGUGCUUCUCGCCAUCAACGGUCUGCUCACCAACUGGGCGGUGCGUGACUGGCGCGAGAUUGGCACGCGUCUCGAUUCCCGCAAGUCCUACCGAUGGGGAAUCUCGAAUCUGGAUCCGUCGGUCGACUUUGGCGAGCUGAUCGCAGCCACAAGCGCACGCGCCGACAGGCUGGCAGCGACGCUGGUGGGCCUGUAUCCGCGCCAUGUUGCGAUGGAACAUGCAGUGUUGUCGCUGUACGAGGGCCUCGCACGCCACCUGGCUGGCAUGGGGACAGUCGCGAGCGUACCGGCUCUGCCGCUGUAUGCGUUCACGCUGCACGCCACGACAAUCGUGUCGGUCUCGCGCCUGUGCGGUCUGAUCCAGGAUCUGCGCCACGCCUUCGAGCAUCACAACGCAGUAGGUCCAAAGCUGCCGGCAGUGGACGGUGGUCUGGAAAGCAAGUUCUACGACCUGUCUGCGAGCUUCUUCGAGGAGGAGAACUUGAGCAUCUUGAACAGCAGAGUCACGCUCGUCGCCAACCUCGUCUGGCUCGGCAAGAUCGUCACCGAAGAAGAGGCGGUAGGAAGCCUGCCACCUGGACUCGAACAAUCUGUCCUCAACGAGCUUACGCAGCGGGGCGAAGAUCUCAACCUGAAGCUGGCCACGCUCUCCAACACGCCCUUCUCGCGAGCGAUGAGCCAUCUCUCGGAGCGCUUCGCCAACGUUUACUGCGCAAGCCAGGGCAAGAAAGCCACGGCCGAGGACGAGUGGAUUCGCGGGCCGAUCACGCCCAAGACGAUCAAGAGCGCAAAGAAGAACGGCAUGCCCGCCGCAUGGACGCACACCGACUUCCGCGCGUACCUGCUCGACUGGCUUGACACCCAGGGCGCACACGGCAUGUACGAGCUGCUCAAAAACAUCCUCGUCACCUUCGGCAGCCAGCUCAAGUCGAUCCGUGGCGAAGCUGCAGCGGCGGCGCAGUGA